AUGUCAUUGAUCAAUCCAAUCAAAGUAAAACGUGUGAAUUUGGCUUAUAGUCAAAAUAGUCCAAUUGAAUGGUCUGACAACUUACAAUUGUCUUUAAAUCUGUACACUGAUUUGACUGUAUUGGAUCCUAAAUUGCCAGAUUACCAUCUGAUAAUCACUGACAAAGAUGAUAAAACUGUAUUAGAUGCUAAGGAAUUAUUUUCGGAAACGAUUCUUUUACAUAAUGAAUCAAUUAGUUUACUACCGUUAGGGAGAUUUAAUAAAAUCAUUAUUACUGAUACUGAUGAAGGAUUGAAUCUUGUUGCUUCUGAACCAAACAUAGUAUUGCAACAAUGGACACCCAAUUGUGAAACAACUAGAGACAAUUUACUUGGAGUUUUAUUUAAUUCUGGUGAAUUACUAAUAUUAGGUAGGAAAAAUGUCCAACUUCUGAAUUAUGUUAUAAGAAUUAAUGUGUUCAAUAUAUUGGUUGAAAAAUAUAAUAUCCAAUGUGAUUUGGAAAAUAUGUUUGUCACUGCAGAGGAAUAUAAAAAGUUGAAAAUAAAAUACUUUGCAUUUAGUAAAUAUCACGGAUCCUUAGCUUUGACUAUUGUUGAUCAUAAUGAUUCAUUACUAUUGUUUACCAUUGAUGAAAAGACAUUUGCAACAACACUAUUAUUUGAAAAAAAGUUAGAUAUUAGGGUGUUGAAAAUAGUAUGGUCUAUUGACUAUGAAUAUCUUAUUGUAAUUGGAUUAGAUAGUUCAAUAACAUCAUAUCUUGUUAAAGACAAUUUUGAAAAGCUGAGUGUGAUCCAUCCACCAACACGAUUCAAAACUUUUUGUUACAAAUUUGUCAAAUCCGAUGACAAAUCUUAUUUAAUAAGUGCUUUCACUGGGAAAAUUGUUGUGUCGGAAAUAGGAGGUGCCAACUAUGAAUUCAAGCUUGAUACCUACGCAGCUUGUAAUUCAAUUGUAUCAGGAAUAACAAAUGGUGUUUUAACUUUGCUUUUAUCGUUCGAUACUGGUAAAUUCAAAACAAUAAAAUUUGACAUUACUUCAAAAGACUUUACUCAAGUUCCAUUGGAUAAAUCUAUUAUUGCUUUUGUCAAUAAGUCUCUUUAUGCAUACCAAUUCCAAAACGAUAAUGACUCAUCCAAGGGGACACCUGAACCAAUAAUGAAAUUAUUUGGCAUUAAUUCGUUACCCAAUGGAACAUUAGCUAUUUUCUAUAAAGUUACAUCUGCAAAUGUCAUUGAGUACCGUUCUAUGGCGUUCCUGGAUGUCAACGUCAGGUUUUUGAAAUUGAGUGAACCAAUUGGAAACGAAUAUCAAGUCCAUAACAGAACUUCCAUAGCAAAAUUUAUAGAAAAUUGCAUUGGUGAUUUUCAUAAUUUUCCUACAAUCAGUAAUGAUUUGAGAUUGUUGAGAAAAGAUCGAGUUAAUAAAUUCAUUGAAAAUUUCAAGACUUUUAAAGAACAAUAUUUGCUUAGCAAUUUUGAUUUUGGUUCCGACUUACAUCCACUGUCGGAUUUCGAAACAACACUCAAGAAAAAUUUCAUUGAAAACUCUGUUGUGAUUCAAGCACAAUAUCUUUAUAUUUUAGCCACUUUUAUUGAGAGUGGAUUGACGCCAAUUUCAUCUGAGAAACCUACUGAAGUUGAUGUCAUGGUGAAAGAAAUCCAAGAUUAUAAAAAGUCAAUUGAGAAUUCGAUCAUCAUAUAUUUAAGAAAGUUAAUUUUGGGAUUUUACAAUGGCAAGACUGUAACCGAUGAAUACGGUAAAUUUUCAUUGAUCACCAUGUUGAAACAGCUUCGAAGAUUAAAUGAUGUUACCGAGUUUAAUAUAUCUGAAUCGGCAGCGGUAACUACUAAAACUAGGUACUAUUCAGAGACAUUCCAAGUGAGUGUUAAUGAUAUCGAUGAUGAUAAUAAUCUCCAUAUUGUAUCUACUCUGGGCCAUGGAUGGACACAAUGUCAACUCACAAAUAUUCCAUUAUUGCAAAUGAAUAAUAAAACCGAUGAAAGAGCACAGUUUCGAUAUGCUAUCAGAGAUGAGGAAUUUGGCGAGUUGGUUAAUACAUUGUUGGAUACGAUAGAUUUCUGUUACAUUACAGGGAAUAAGAUUUAUCCAUUGAAAUGA